GGUACUGGAUCGAAGACCCGGAGAACCUCGGCACGCCCACCUCGUCCGACAGCAGCAUCUGCGAGGAGGAGGAGGAGAACCUCAGCCCCAGCCCCUACGGCUACAAACUGGAGUGCAAAGGCGAGGCCAGAGCCUACAGGAAGUAUUUCUUAGGGAAGGAUCAUUUAAAUUUUUAUUGUACAGCCAGCAGCCUUGGAAAUCUGAUCCUGUCUAUUAAGUGUGAGGAGACAGAUGGCACUGAAUAUUUAAGGAUUAUACUCAGGUCCAAAGUGAAGACGAUGCACGAAAGGAUCCCGCUGGCAGGGUUCAGCAAGCUCCCCA